AUGUUCUUACUUUUUAAAGACCUUCAAAAGAAGUUUCAUGAUAUCAAAGAUCCGGGUAGUGAAGAUGAGCAUUUAAUAAAAUGUAUAAUGGAUUGGUGCACACAAAAUGAAAUCAGCCGUGAAAAAGCAUUCAAAGAAAUAUGUGAAAUAGCACCCGAACACACUGAAUUCGCUUGUCUACUAGGCGUACUGUAUCAUUAUGGUAUCGGCACGGACGUCGAUCUAGAAAAAAUGAUUUACUGGUACAAAAUAUCAGCAGAAUCGGGAGACUCACUCGGACAAACGCAACUUGGAUGGUGUUAUUCGGAAGCAUUUGGCAUCGUGCGUGAUACAAAACUGGCAUUUUGUUGGAAUCUAAGAUCAGCCCAAGGCGGAAAUUCUAGUGGCGCAUAUAAUCUUGCCCAUUGUUAUCGAUGGGGUGUUGGCACCGCAAUUGACUACCAAAAAUCUUUUUAUUGGUAUAAAAUAUCGGCUGAAGCGGGAAUCGUGAGCUCCCAGUUUAGUUUGGGGAGAUGUUACCGUUUUAGUUGGGGUGCCAAUAAAGACUUGCAUAAAGCUUUGUAUUGGUAUCGAAAAUCUAUUUGUAAUGGAUAUGGCACUUGGUACUUCGAAUUGGAUGAGGCAUUCAGUAAUUCCAUGUGGUGA